AUGAUGUAUAUCAAAGGUUCCGAUGUCGGGAAUUCCAGCAAAUGUAAACGAGAAUAUUCUUCAUCAUUAGUCUCAAACCUUCCUGCGUAUGAAGAUUUGGAGUUAGGGCAUCAAUAUAAUAUAAGGAAUCAAGUCACUAUGCUUUACGACUGGCGUAAGCAUUCUGAAAUAAGCAACUGCCGUAAUAAGAUUAGAAAUGACGUUUUUGGAAUUUUAAUAUCCAUAAUGCACUGGGAGCAGAGAAAGUCAUCUACAAUUGCAAAUAUUCUGGAAAGCGAGCUAUUUAUGGAUGCUGCUUCACAGGAGGAGUAUAUGGACAGGAAGACAUUGGUUCGGCGGUUGAAGACAAAAGUCAACAUGUUUCGUGCAAAUAAAUGUUGUCAAGUAGACAAUGCUGUUUCUCGCACAUCGAAUAUGUUGUCAUCUUCUUCUGGCUCAUUGCAUUCUUGGUCUAAUGAAAGUGUGCCCGGACAUGCUUUUCAGAGAGUGCUCGGUCCUUGCAUUAAUGCAACUGAUUAUGGUGCAGUUGCUGCACAUAAUAAACAUCACUUCCCAAAAGGAGGGCUGUCAUCGAUCCCGAAAUGUACUGAUUUGGAUGUGCUUUCUGAGUUUCCUGCUGCUUCUGUUGGGGGAAGCAAUUUGGAAGCUUCAUUUGAAGUACCCAAUCGUUUUCUUGGCUCCAGUAGCAUUGGAAAUCAACAGAACUGCAAAGAUUUUGAACCUGGGGUCCUGACCAAAAGAAAAAUUGAUUGCCCUUCUGAAGUUAUGGAACCAUUCAUCAAAAGAAGAAAAGUGGACUAUGAAAGUAUAGAAUUCAGAGGUUCACAAGCUGAUAAUAUUUUAAAUCCAGAGGAACCAACAAAAGACCAUGAUUUGAUAGUCAACGAUAAGUUAGUGGAUUCUAUCACUGGAUCUGAUUCUAAUAUGGAAACUGUUUGCCAAAAAUCUAUGCCUUCAAAUACAGAGGACAUACAAGGCAAAAGCGGAUUGAACCAAGAUGAGUCCAAUGCUACAGAGAAAGUCAUUGAACCAAAAUCUCAAGAAAAGGAAAUGAAGUCCACAGAUCAAACCGCUAAUAUUGUUCCUUCAACUGAAUCUUUAACAAGAAGUCGAAUAAAGGAACACAUUAGAAGUCUUGGAAAACAAGAUAAUAAUAAGGUUACAACGGACGGAGAAUCAGGAAAUGAUGUUUACAAAUGCCAAUUAUGUUCAAUGACAACGCUGUACUUUGCCCCUAAGCCAAUUUAUUGUCUUUGUUGCGGCAUCAGCAUCAGGCGUAAUGCAUGUUAUUACUAUAAAAGAGAAGAAGAGGACACAAAUAAUUGCUUUUGUACUACAUGCUAUAAGAAUGCCCGAGGUGGGAACAUCUCAUUCAACGGGACAACUGUUUCCAAGACAGAUCUUAGCAAAAAUAAAAAUGAUGGAGAAUGUGAAGAAGCGUGGAUCCAAUGCAGUAAAUGCAAAAGUUGGCAGCAUCAGAUAUGCGCACUCUACAACAGUAAAAGUGAUUUGGACAACACUGCUGAAUAUAUAUGCCUUUUAUGCUGCCUAAACGAAAAUAGAAACGAUGUGCGUGUACCCUUUGACGCUAAAGACUUGCCUAGAACCAAACUUAGUGACCACAUAGAGGGGAGGCUUUUGAAGCGCCUCGGUCAAAUUGAAAGGAAUAAGAUUCCGGAGGUUUUUGUAGCAGACAAUCUUUCUGUUAGGGUUGUGCUAUCUGUGGACAAACAUAUUGAAGUGAAGAAACAAUUUCUCAAUAUCUUUGAGGGGAAUGAUUAUCCUGCAGAAUUUUCUUACGCUUCAAAAGUUAUUCUUCUGUUUCAAAAGAUUGAUGGAGUGGAUGUGUGCCUCUUUGCAAUGUAUGCUCAAGAGUUUGGCUCAGAAUGCGGCUAUCCAAAUCAGCGUUCUAUAUACAUUUCAUAUCUCGAUUCGGUUAAGUAUUUUAGGCCGGAAAUACAUAUCUCGGCCAGAGAAUCUCUCCGUACCUUCGUUUACCAUGAAAUAUUGAUUGGAUAUCUUGAUUUUUGCAAGAAAAGAGGUUUUACAACUUGUUACAUAUGGUCCUGUCCGCCUAUAAAGGGAGAAGAUUAUAUAUUCUACUGUCACCCUGAUUCUCAAAAAACUCCAAAGAAAGAUCAACUACGACAUUGGUAUCAUUCAGCUCUAAGAAAGGCUGGUGAAGAGGAUAUUGUUGUUGGUUUAUCUAACAUAUACGAUCGUUUCUUUCUUCCUACUGGAAAACGUGAAUCCAAGGUAACUGCUUCUCGUUUGCCUUACUUUGACGGGGACUUCUGGUCUGGUGCUGCUAUGGAUAAAGCCAUGCAGAUUGAACAACACACUGGAGGAAACCGUGAAAAGAUGCUGAAAUUAGUACCAAUUAGAUCUUUGAAGUCCAUGGGAUGUGUAAAUCUUUCAAAAGGAACUGCAAAAGAUAUCCUAGUGAUGCAAAAGCUGGGACAAACCAUAUCACCUUUCAAGGAAGAUUUUAUGGUAGUUCAACUUCAGUAUGUUUGCAUCCACUGCCAUAAAGUGAUACAGUGUGGGAAGCGAUGGUUUUGCAAGGACUGCAAGAUAUUUCAGGAGUGUGAAAGAUGUCACACUGCUGAUUCACACACUUCUGUCAAAGGCGAGAGACAUAAACUUUGUCAAGUCCUUACGGAACGCAUCCUUCCUGAUACAACUGAGGAGAAAGAUAUCAUCUUUAAUAAAGGGUUAUUUGAAACCAGAUAUAACUUUCUUAGCUUUUGCCAAAAGAAUAGGUUUCAAUUUGAUUCACUCCGUCAAGCGAAGUAUUCCUCAAUGAUGAUCCUCCAUUUUUUGAGCAACCGUACUCACAUGACUGUCGGAAUAAGUUGCCAAGUUUGCUGUAAACGCAUUGUUAGCCAAUCUUACUGGAGAUGUGAGACUUGCCCUGAGUUCACUGUCUGCUCUGCAUGCUAUAUCGCCAGAGGUGCCAAAUGCCAUUCACACACGUUGAGUGAAACUUGUUCAACCGCACAAUCUCCUUCAGGAAGUGAAGAAUUAAAGCAGAACACAACAGUGGAACUGCUGGAAGUUGUAAAGCACGCAUCACAAUGUCAUUCAACUCAAACUCGACCAUGCACCUACCCCUACUGCCUUAAAAUCAGAAAGUUGUUUUCUCAUGCCAGUAGGUGUACUGUUCGAGUUUCUGGAGGAUGCCAACAUUGUAAGAAAGUUUGGCAAGCAAUAGCUUUACACUCGAAGAAUUGUAGAGACUCAGCAUGUUGCAUACCCCGCUGCAUGGAUAUGAAGAAACAAGCUGGAUGGCUUGCGUCGUAGAGCUGUAAUCUUGAAAGAUAACAAAGACGUGUAGUUGAUUGAAACCUUUUUCUGUAUGUAUUGAAUAAAUGAAAUGUUG